AUGAGCUCGUUUUGGAACUUCAUAAAGUCAAAGAAAAAUGAUGAUGGUGAGUCAAAACCCACCGUUGCCCAUUUAGGGGAAGAAAACAAAUUUUAUUAUAAUAAGGAAUUAAAAAGAUGGGUAGUAAAAGGAGAGGAAGAUAAAAUUGAAGUCGAAGAAAAAAUUGCACCUCCUCCACAAAUGAGUGCUCUACAAAAUGCUAGCAGUGGAUACCGUUCCCUAAUUCAGCAAAACAAAACUAGAAGUGCCAGAACGAUGUAUGCUGAAAUCCCCGGACUUAAAACAAUAAAUAAAAAAAACACAAUUGUCCAAGGUGGAAUUGUAUCUCCAUAUAUGGGCUCAUCAACUAUCGACUUAAAUAAAAAUACACCGAAUGAUAAUAAAAAGGAAUUAUUCCCACUAACUACAUUUACUCCUAAAAUUGUACUCAGUGAAAAUAAAGAAAGUAAAGAGACUGAAGUAAACAAGAAAGAUCAAAAUGAAAAAAGACUUGAUGAAGAUAUAUUUAAUGGAGGAGAAUUCAAUAACAAUAUGAAUAACAUCUCUGAUAGUGUUUUUCGUGAUCCUGAAAAUACAAUCCUCGAACCAAAUCACAUUAAUAAUGAAAAACCCCAAAGUUUAUCUAAAGAUAAUUUAUUUAAUUUUAAUGAAAUUAACAAAAAUAAAUCUGAUUUAAAAAAUGAGGAUAGUAAUAAUUUAUUAUUCUCUGAAACCCAAACAGUGACACCACCAAAAUUAAAUGAAGUAACAGAAAUGCAAAUAAACAAAAUGAAUGAAACAAAAACUUAUGAAAUAGAUAAACCAAAAAAAAGUCAGUCAAAUAUAUCAAAUGCAAGUAAAUCUGUAAAACCACCUACAGAAAUUAAUAUCAAUAAUAAUAUAAAAUAUGAUACCAUUCCUCCUAAAAAGAAUAUUCAUGUUGUAAGUAAUCCAUUCGAAAUUAAUUCUAAAGGGGCAAUGGAAAAUUUAGAAAAUAAAAAUAAAGAAAUUAAAAGAGUUUCUAGGGAUAUUCCAGAAUUCAAUAAUACAAUUCCUAAUAAUAUAAUUCCUAAUAAUACAAUUCCUAAUAAUACAAUUCCUAAUAAUAUAAUUAAAAGAAAUAGUACAAAUGUUGUUAGACCAGUUUUUAAUCCUCAAAUAAAACCGAAUAAUAUUAACAAUAUUGAAAAUUAUGAAAUUCGAAAAUAUAAUACUCUUGAUAAUAAUUAUAUGAAUGAUAGUAGAGAAAAGGACAUAUUAAAUGGUCCUCCAAAAAUUGAUCAAAAAGAUUUAGAAAAAAUAAAUCGUAGGAAUACACAUCAAUUAUUUAACGAACCAAGUAAUGCAUUCAAUGAUAAAGUAACAGUACAUAAAGUUACUAGUCCCUUUUUAUUGAAUAAUAUAAAUGAUGAUAAGAUCGAGUUAAAUAAUAAUACUAAUGUUGCUAACACAAAUGUUAGUAAUAAAUCACCAGAAAAAAUGGAAGGAUUUGAAGAAGUUACUGGCGAAAACGUAAAAAGUUUAUCUAUGUUUAGUUUAGAUAAAGGAAUGUCUGUAGAAAUUACACCAAAUAUUAUAGCUAUGAAUGAAAGCCCUAUCAUUUUAAAUGAUUCAAAUACGAUAAAUAAAAACAAUAACAUAGAUGCAGAAAGUGAUAAAUUAGUUCAAAAUAUUUUAGAUAUGAUAAAAAUUAAGUUACAAGAUGAUGAUAAAAAUAAUAUAGAUACUAUUAUAAAAAAUGAGUCAGAACGGAUUACUUCUUUAUUGGCAGAAAAAUCAGGUUCUAUGGAAAUUUUGCAUAAUAAAAUAUGUAAACUAAAAAAGAAAGAUGAAGAUACACAAGAUAAAAAUGAUUCUACUUCUGAAGAAAUACAACAAAUUAAUAUUGAUAAAGACAAAGAAAAUGAAAUGAAUAAUUUAUUAUAUAUCAUAAAUAUAAAAAAUAAAAAAAUUAAAGAAGAAUUAGAAGCAUUUACAAAUUCUUUUAAUAUUUUAAAAAAAUUAAAAAUGAAAAAUGAUGAAAUUAUUAAUAUAUAUAAAAAUAGAGAAAGCGUCUUUUUAACUACUAUUAAUAAAUUAGAAGAAAAAAGAAAACAAAAAUAUGCUGAGUUUAAAGAAAAGGAAAAACAAUACAAAGAAUUGAUAAUGAAAAAAGAGGAACUAUUAAAAAUCGAAAAAAUAAAUAAUAAAACAAAUUUAGAAACUUUUAAAAAUCAAGAACAAAUACUAAAAGAUGAAAUUCAAAAAAUCGAAUUAAAAACAAAAGAACAAAUAAAACAAUUAAAGGAAAAUUAUGAAAAAGAACAAAAAACAAAUAUGGAAAAUAUGGAAAUUGAAAAAGAAUCUUUUAUAAAUAAUAAUAUAGAACAUCAGAUAAACAAAAUGAGAGAAGAAUUAGAAGAAAAAUAUGCAACACAAAUUAAAGAAACCGAAAUGAAAUAUGAAGAUCAAAUUAAAGAAGAAAUUGAAAAGGCCAAACAAAAUGCAGAACAUAAUUUUAAUUUUAAAUUUGAAAAAUAUAAAGAAAAUCUUGAAAAAAAUAAAAAUGAUUUUAUAAAUAAUUUAAUUAUUGAAAAAAAUAAUGAAAUUGAAAACUUCAAAAAUGAUAUAGAACAAAAAAAAUGUAUAGAAAUGGAAAAAUUUAAGGAAGAAAAUGAAAAAUUAAUGCAAGAUAAUUUCGAAAAUAUGAAAAAUCAUUUUAUAGAAGAACAAAAUAAACAAAUUGAAAAUAUCAAAAAAGAAUAUGAAUUAAUGAAAAAUAAUGAAAUUGAAUAUUUGAAAACAGAAAUGAAAAAAAGUCAAACUCAAGAAAUCGAAAAUGUUGAAUUAAAACUAGCUAGCGAACAAAAUAAAUAUAUUGAUGAUAUGAAAAAAGAAGUCGAACAUGCAUAUCAAACUGAAAUAAAUAAUUUGAAAGAAAAAAUAAAUGCAGAAAAAACUUUAGCUCAAGAAACGUUAGAAGCACAACGUAAUGAAUAUGAAAAACAAUUGGAAGCUCAACGCAUUGAGAUGGAAAAUAAACUUAUCGAACAAAGACGAGAAUCAUAUAAUAUUGGAUCAGAAAAAGAAAAUGAACUACAAAUAUUAACUGAUAAAAUUGAAAAAUUAAAUAUGGAAAUACAAAUGAUAAAUAAAGAAAAAAUCGAUUUAGAACAUAAUAUAUCUAUACUAAAUGAUGAAAGAGAAAAUAUUUUAAAUCAAAAUAAAAACUUAGAAGAUAAUUUAAAAAAUAAUGAAGAUAUAUAUAAUAAAAAAAUAAAUAUAUUAAAUGAUGAAAAAAUGAAAUUAGAAAAAGAAAUCGAACAUAUUAAAGAAAAUGAUGCAAAAGAAUCAGAUAAAAUUCGUGAACAAUUUGCAGAUCUAUUACAAGUAGAAAUUGAUAGAAUUAAAAAAGAAUCUAAAGAAAAAGUAAAUACCUAUAUACAACAAUAUAAUGAAAUAAGUAAAGAAUAUGAAGAAAAAAAAAAAGAAUAUAAUGAUCUAUUAGAAAAAGCUAAUACAUCAAAUAAACAACUAACUGAAAAAUAUGAAGAAAAUAUCCAAAAAAUAAAUGAAUAUGAAGAUACUAUUAAAAUGCUUGAAAAUCAAACUGAAGUUUUAGUUACUAAAAAAAUUCAAGAAUUAAAUGAAGAUUUUUUGAAAAAAAAAGAAACUUUUGAUAAUGAAAAAAAUGAAUUAUUAAAAAAUUAUGAACAUGCAAUGAUCGAAAAUAAACAUAUUAAAGAGCAGCUAACAAAUUUUGCUAAUUCAAAUGCUAAGGAAAAUGAAGAAAAAAUAUCACAAAUAAGAAAUCAAUAUGAAACACAAAUUAAAGAAAUGCAAAUUCGUUUUGAUGAAUUAUUAAAUGAAUCAAAUGAAACAAAAAAUAAAAAUAAUGAAAUUUUAGAAAAUAUUGUAAAGGAACAAAAUGAUAGAGAACAAUCAAUUCAAUGCCUCAAUAGUGCCAAUAGUGAAUUACUUACAAAAAAUGAACAACUUAAUCUUAAUAUUACUGAAAUAAAAAAUGAAUUAUCUAAUUAUCAAGAAAAAUGUGAUAAAUUGACUGAUGAAAAUAAUCAUCUAAAAAAUGAAGAACACAAAAAACUUUUAGACAAAAUACUUAACCUAGAAAAUGUUAAUAAACAUUUAAUGGAAGUUACAGAAAAAGAAAGAGAAAUUAAUAUAAAAAAUGUUAAUAUUAUUAAGUCUUUACAAAAUCAAAUUAAUGAACAAACAAAAUUAUAUAAAGAAUAUACAGAUGACUUAAAAGAUGAAAUUUCUAAAUUAAAAAAACAAAACAAAAACUCAAUCGAUAGUAAUGCUUCAAUGGAUAUAAAUUCGUCUACAAAUAAUGCUCUUAUAGAAGAAAAUAAAAAAUUGAAGCUACAAAAUGAAGUUAUAAAUACAAAAAAUGAUACAAUGGCAAUUGUACUAGAUAAUCUAACAAAACGAUUGAGUUUUAUUGAAUCAAAAAUAAAAGAAGAAAAAUAUGGAAAUGAUAUAAUAAAACAAGCAAAUGAUUUACAGUUCCAAGGGUUUAAUUAG